CUAACAUCCAGCUCCACUCUCUCCACUCCUCUCUUCACACCUCCACCAUAUAUGCUCCCACUCUUUGCACCUGCACUUUUCGAGCCUCCACUCUUCCACUCUUUGCACCUGCACUCUCCGCGUCUUCACUCUUUGCACCUGCACUCUGAUAUCGCCGCUCACCUCUCCACUGUCCUCUCUCUCUUUGUGUGCUGUUCGGUCUCGUUCCUCUCUCUUAUAUCCUCUCUCUCUAUCUCUGUCGCUCUCCCUUCCCUUCUUCCCACCUUUCGCAGAGCUUUCUUGGACUUUGUACACCGCAGAGUCAGCCGUACAAGCACACUUGCGGGGUUCCCUGUUUUUUUUGUUUUGUUCGUUUUUUUUUUUUCCCCGUAUUUUUUUUUCCGUAUUCUUUUCUAGUUUUUUUUGUUCAUCACCGGGACGAAGAACACGAAAAAGCUACGAAAAUGAAAUCGAAAAACAAAAAUUCAAGGAUGAACAGCCCCAUUUCUGAGGCCUAAGGUCAGUAGUGGUUGGCAAAGAGCGGGCCCCCCUCUUUUGCGAUUUCUUUGUGC